GGAACUGCGAUGACGGACAGAGUGGUACAGCUAGUAGAGGAUAUCCUUCCGGGAAUACCUUUGCAGGUGGUGUCCCAGGGGGCUGAGGCGGUGGUAUUCCGAACAGGGGUACACCCUUAUACCGCCCAUCCGUCCUUGACCAACCCCAAUCAAUUUAUCAUCAAGUACCGUCCCUCGAAGAAAUAUAGGCACCCGAAGAUUGAUGCCAGUAUCACCAAAUCACGGACGGCUGGCGAGGUCAAGUUCAUGCACCGGCUUGCCAAGGCGGGUAUCAAUGCGCCGAAUGUGGUUCUGGCCGAUUUCAAGCGGGGGCUCAUCUGGAUGGAGCAUUUGGGCGAGGUUUUACCGUCCGGCGAAGUAAGUUCUUUCAAAAACCAUUUGUGGAGCGUGGAAAGAACGAGACUGCCCGACGAGUGUGUGUCUGAAGACAUUCAGCGUAUAUGUGAGCAAGUGGGCCAGCUAAUUGGUCAGUUGCACCAUAAUGAUAUGAUUCACGGAGACCUCACAUCUUCGAAUAUUGUGUUACAGAAAAAGGUGCCGUACUUGAUUGACUUUGGGCUCUCAUCGUACUCAGGACUAGCUGAGGAUAAGGCUGUAGACUUGUACGUUUUGGAAAGGGCGAUUCAAAGCACACAUUCGAUGUAUGCCUAUAAGUACAACCAGUGGCUUCUCAAGGGCUAUGAAGCAGCUUACGGGACGAACAAGCAGAACAGGAGGAAGUACGUGGAGGUGAUGGGAAAGUUGGAGGACGUUCGACAGCGUGGCCGGAAGCGGAGCAUGUUGGGAUGAGGUAGAGUGGAGAGAAUGAUCAUGCAGAGAUGGCUCUGUGUGGUAGUGAAUCAGCGGUUGCUAUAACUGUCAGAUUUCAGGUUACAUAAUAUAUACUUUAUUCUACUUGUACUUCGAUGUUAACUCGUCAAUUGCCAUUAUGCUGUCAGUUUCUUUGGACCCGAAUACUUUCGAGGUAUGGAAAGCAAUGCAGAAAUGCAAAAUUCUGUUGUACUUUCGAGGAGUCAGCACUCGGGUUGUGGGUUUGGGCAGUGAAUCCCCAGCAAACCC